AGCCGCGGGUACGCGUGGCUGGCUCUCAACUACACCGGGUCGUCGGGGCUCGGCCGGGGAUACCGGUCGGCGCUGUUCGGCGGAUGGGGGGUGCUUGACCGGGACGACGCCGGUGAGGCGGUGGCGUAUUUGGCAGGGUGCGGGCGCGCAGGGAUCUACGGCGAGAGCGCCGGCGGGUACAACGUGCUAUGCAGCCUCGCGUGGCUGCUGGGCGGCACGUUCGCUGGUGGGCUGUGCGUCAGCGGCGUCGGCGAUGUGGCCGCGCUUGCCGCCGAGUCGCACAAAAUGGAGUCGCACUACAUGGGCGUGCAGCUGCGGCUGGCUAGCAAGGCGGAUUCCGAGAAGGACGCGCUGUUCCGCGCCUGCAGCCCGCUGUUCCACGCUGAUAGGAUCACGGCGCCGAUGCUGUUGUGCCCAUUGCCCAGAGCAGGGAGAUCAAGCGUGUCAUCGAGGGCCGCGCCGGGGGCGGUGGCGAUGUCAAUCUGA